AUGGCGCUGCCGCUCUUCGGGCAGCAGGGCGGCGUGUCGCGGAAGCAGGCGCCGUCGCUCCUCGAGACGGAGCACGCCGCCAGCGAUGCGGAGCUCCUGGAGUCGGCGCGGGCCGCGCUCCGCGACCUCUGCGACGGCGGCGCGCGCGCGCUCGACGGCUUCGGCGCGUCGCUUCUCGGCCCCGCGUCCGCCGAGGCGGACCGGCCGACGAUGGACGCGGCGGCCCGCGACGCGCACGACGCGGCGCUCCGGGCGUUCGUCUUCGCGCUCGCGCCCGUCGGCGGCCGCUUCGAGGCGCACGUGAUCUUAGAUUAUUUGGCGCGGACCGCGGACCUCCUCGAGGCCUGCCCGGCGGACGCGCUGCGGCUGCUCGCGCCGCACUGCGCCGCGUCGCCGUCGGCGGCGCGCGUCUUCUGCCGCUGCGCCCUCGCGAGCCCGCGGCUGCCGCGCAAGUGGGCCUUCGCGGUCCCCGCGGCGAAGGAAGCGGAGCGCGCGGCCGUCGCCGACGCGCGGCCCGUCGCGCUGCCCGCGGCCCUCUUCGGCAACGCCUGCGCCGCCGACGCGGCCUUCGCCGAGGACGUCGCGGGCCACGCCGUCGCCUGCGCCGGCGCCGCGGCGGACGCUGUCGAAGCGCUGACGAACGGCGCCGCGGCGGACCUGCCCCGGACCUUUGCGCCGAUAUUCGCGUUCGCCGCGCGGUCUUUGAGCCGCGCGGCCGCGCGCGGCCGCGACGGCAAGCUCGCGCGGCGGCUCCUGCCGAAGGCGUCCGCGUUGCUGGACACGCGGGGCCCCUGCGCGCCGGACGCGCGCGCCUGCGCCGAGGCCGUCCUGCUCGCGCUCUGCGGCCAGGGGUCGCUGAGCGACGACGCGUCCGACGCGGCCGCGGCGAGCGUCAUCGACGCGUCGCUGCGCACCGGCGCGCUAGAGAAACGGAGCCUGGCCGUCGCACUCACCGUGGCCGCCUCCAAGAGCUGCCGCGCGCGCGGCGCGGCGGGCGCGCUGCCGCGGGCCGCGCUGUUGAAAGUCGUCGCGGCCCCGAACGUCGAGGCCGUCGCGCGGUCGCUGGAGGGCGACGCCGCCGCGAAGGUGCUCUGCCCCCAGCUCGCGGAUUUGGCGGCGUCGGACGACGGCGACGCGGCCUUCCGCGUCCUUGAAACCGCCUUCCUCGGCGCGGGCGCGCCGCACGCGGCGCUGGCGUUGCGGUCCGUCGCGCGCCGCGAGGCGACGCCGCGCGUCGCCGCCGUCGUCGCCGCCGCGGCGCGCGCCUGCGGGUCCGGUGUCCUCGCGGGCGUGCUCGCCGACGACGCGCGCCUCGGCGCGUUGCUCGAGGGCGACCGGUCGCCCGCGCUCGCGGCGGUGCGCAUCGUCCACGGCUGCGCCGACGUCGCCGCGGCGAUCCGCGACCUCGCGGCGGCGCCCGGCGACGACGCCGCGUCGGCCCUCGCGGCGCUGGCGGCGGGCCCCGGCGCCUGGGACCACCUGCGCCUGGUCUUCGGGCACACGAGUCUCGUGGAAGCCCUGGAGACCGCUCCGUGCGAACCGCUCGACGACGCGCUCCGAACGUUGGCGACCGCCGCGCCGCCGCCGGACCUGGCGGCGGCGUUUUACGGCGGCCUCCUCGCGCGCGCGGACCUGCGGCGCCGCGCCGGCGACGCGAGCUGGCUCGAUCUAGCCGCGCCGGCGCUCCGCGACGGCGUGCCGCCGCUCGAAGUCGCGGGCCGCGCGAGGCGCGCGCCGCCGCUCGUGCUGGCGCUCGCCGCGGGCGACGGCGCUCUCAUCGCCGAGGCGCUGGCGGCCCCGGGCCUCGCCGGCGACGUCGCGCGGCGCAUCGGGCCGGGGCCCGACGGCCGCACGUGGGCGCGCGCCGUCGACGCGUACGUCGGGAACGCCGCGGACGCGGCCGACGCCGCGGCCGUCGCCGCGCCGCGCCUCGUCGACCUCGCGGCGGACGACGCCACGGUCGGCGAGAUCGCGGACCGCUGCCUGCGCGCCCUCGCCGCGGCGCCGGGCCGCCGGGCUUUAGCGCAGGAGUGGGGGCUCCGGCGGCUCGCGGACCGCGGCGACCUCGCCGCGGGCGUCGACGCGACGGCCGCCGCGCUCGGCGUCGACGGCCUCGUCGGCGUCGUCGCGUACGUCGCGGCGCACCCGGCGCCGCCCGCCGGCGCCGCCGCCGCGGCGCUCGGGGCCCUGGGCGACGCGGCCGCGAAGAAGCGCGCGGCCGCGAAACCCCAAACCCCGGACGCCGCGGUGCCCGCGCUCGUCGCCUGCCUCGCGUCGGCGGACGGCGACCUGCGCGCCGCCGCCGCCGAGACCUGCGCCCAGCUCACGGGGUCGCCCGCGCGGACCGCGCUGGCGACGUUCGCGCGCGGGCGCCGGGCCGCGCUCGCGGCCGACGGCCGGACGCUCGGCCGCGCGCUCGGCGCGGCGCUCGUCGAGGACGCCGACGGCCCCCUGGCGGCGGCGGUCUACGCGUCCAUCGCCGCGCCCUUCGACGGCCGCGGCGGCGACGCGGCGCUCGCGGCCGCCGUCGCCGCGGCGCUCGGCGACAAACUCGCGUGGUCCGACGGCGCGCUCGGCCCGGCGCUCCGGAGCGCGCUGGGCGUCGCCGCCGACGACGACGACGCGCCGAAGAAGAGGAAGGCCCGGGGCACGAAGCUCGGCGCCAAGGUCGCGCCCAAGGCGGCGCCCGCGGCCGCGGCCGCGGCGCCGUUCGGCGCGGCGCGCGCGGCGUCGUUCCUCGCGGCGUCGUUCCUCGCGGCGAAGCUCGGCGGCGGCGACGGCGGCGACGACGACGGCGCCGCGGCGCGCGUCUGCCUCGCGGCGCUCGGCGCCGCCGGCGCCGAGGCGCCCGCGGGCGACGACUACGCGAGGCAGGCGUGGGCCGCGGCGCCGGCGCCGUCCGCGCGCGCGGUCGUCCUCGGCGCGCUCGCCGGGGCGCCGGAGCCGGCCCUGCGGCGCUGCUUCUCCGACGCGGAGCGCACGCAGCUCUUCGCGGCGCUGCUGGCGCUGCUGCGGCGGGACGGCGCGGCGCUCGCCGAGGACCGGGCGUCCGCGCUCGCGGCCGUCGCGGCCGUGGCCCCGAAGAGCGCCUGGCCCCGCGCCUGGGCGGCGGCCCUGCGCCGGCCCGGGGUCGCGGGGCUCGAGGGCGACUGCGCCGCGCUCUUGGAGGCGUCGGAGGCGCCCGGCGCGCGCGACGGCGGCUGGCUGCGGCCGCUCUUCGCGGCCGCGAAGAAGCUCCGCGCCGCGGCGGCCUGGGCGACGCUGCGGGCCGUGCUCGCGGCCGCGCGGGGUUUGCUCGAGGGCGACGGCGCGCACUCCAUCGCCGCCGCGGACGUCGCGGGCGACGUCGCGUUCCUCGUCGACGCGGCCUCCGCGGACGACGGCGGCGCGCGCGAGGGCGCCGCGCGGACCCUGGCGCUCGUCGUCGAGGCCGACGCCGCCGCGGCGGCGGCGCACUGGGCGCGGGCCUUGGGCGCCGCGCGGGGGUCGAGCGUCGGCGCGCGCGUCGCCGCGGCCGUCGCCGCGGCGGCGCUCGAGCGCGGCGCGGCGCCCGCGGCGCUCUUCGACGCGGCGCUCGCGCCGGCGGAGGCCGACGACGACCCGUCGCUCCUGCGCGCCGUCGCCGACGCGUUGGGGUCCGCGGGGCCGGCGGCCGUCGCUUUGGCGUGCCUCGCGCGGCGGCGGCCGCGGACCGCGGACCGCGUGCUCGAGCGCGGCGACGCGGACGACCAGGUCAAGGCCCUGGGCCACGUCGCGCGGAGCUGCCGCCCCUUGCUCGUGGCCGCGCGCGCCGACGAGGCCUUCGACGGCGCCGAGUCGGGCGCCUUCCUGGAGCCGUGCUUCGCCGCGGGCGCGGCGGCGGCGCCCGUCGCGGUGCGCGACGUCGCGCGGUCGCCGGGCGCGGCGCUGAGCCUCGUGGCCGUCGCCGCGGGCUUCGUGCGGAAGCGCGUCCUCAAGCUGAGCCACGAGCCCGAGCUCGCCGCGGGGCGGCACCGCGGGCGGAAGCGGCGGCGGAACGGCGACGACGCGGACCGCCUCGCGGCCCAGCGCUUCCGCUUGGUCCUCUGCCAGGAGCUGAGCGGCGGCCUGGGCCUCGUGCCCGGGGACCCGGCGCGCGACGACGACGACGCGGCGCGGCCGCGCGCGUUCUCGACGGCGUCGCGGCCCGACGACGACGACGCGUGGCCGGCCGGCGAGGCGCCCUGCGGCGCGCGCCACUUCGCCCACGCGGGCCGGGCUUUAGGCCGCGCGCUGAAGCGGGCCCUGGGGCUGCUCGACGCGCCGGGCCUGCUGUCGUUCGUGGAGAAGGUGCUGUCGCGGCCGUGCCCGACGCGCGCGCGCGACGCGACGACGCGGGCCCUCGACGAGCGGCUCGACCGCGAGCGGCCCUUGUUUCGGGCGCGCGAGCCCGGCGGACCGCCGGCGGCGACGCCCUUCGCGCGCGUGCUCCUCGAGGAGACGCUGCCGAGCCUCGCGCGCGCCGUCUCCGGCGACGUCGAGCACCCGCUCGAGGACACGGCGGACGCGCGGCACGCGUCGCUCGUCGCGGCGAAGAUGGCCGACGUGCUCGCGCGCGCCCUCGCCGAGUCCUGCCGCGGCGACGACGGCGCGCGCUUCGAGGUGCUCGUGGAGGCCGCGUGCGCGGCGCUCCCGCCCGCGUGCGACGGCGCGGCCGUCGAGGCCUACGGGCCCGAGCGGCCCGCGGCGGUCUUCGCGCUCGUGCAGACGCUGCUGGCGACGCUGCGGGACGCGGCGCUGCCGGCGCUCGGCGCGGGGCUGCCGCGGUGCCUCGACGCCGUCGACGCGGUCUUGGCCGUCGCCGCGGCCGACGCGCGCGCCGCGCGGCGCCUCGGCUCCCUGCGCGCCGCGGCGCUGCGCACCGUGCUCGUCGUCGCCGCGACGGUGCCGCGCUUCGCCCACGUCCGCGCGGCCGAGGCCGAGGCGGGCCGCAAGAUCGCCGACGCGCUCGCGCGGGGCGUCGAGCCGCGCGUCCUCCUGCCGGCCGUCGUCGCCGCGCACGACGCCGCGGCCGCGGCCGGCGGGCCGGCGGCCGCCGCGGCGCUCCGCGUCGCGCUGCCCUGCGUGGCGCGCAUGGGCCGCGGCGCGGCCAAGGCCCACGCGGCGACGGUGGCGUCCCUCGCGCUCGGCGCCGUCGACCACCGCGCGCGCCUCGGCGGCGCCGUCCAGGGCGCCGUCGACGCCGCCGCGACGGAGCUGUCGCUCGCGCUCCUGUCCAAGCUCGGCGACGCGGAGCUCGUCGACUGGCUCCGCGCGGCGGCGGCCUGGGCCGCCGCGGCGCCCGACGCCGCGGCGCCCGCGGCGGUGCUCCGGCCCGCGCCCGCGACGGACGACGAGGCCGCGGCGCGCCGGUCCGCGUUCUACUACCAGGUCGCGACGCUCGCCACGCGGUUCCGCGAGAUCGCCGCGCCGCGCUGCCUCGACGCCUGCUACGACCAGUGCGUCCGCGACAUGGCCUGCCCGGCGGAGGCGCGGGCCGGCAAGAAGAAGCGGAAGCGCGCCGACGCCGUCGCGGCGGCCGCGCGGCGGCUGCUGAGCUACCGCGCGCUCGGCUGCGUCGCCGCCGUCGUCGGCCACCUCGGCGAGCGCCUCGCCGGCGACCGCUUCGACGCGGCGCUCGAGCCCCUCUCCGCGGCGCUGACCUACGACGCGGCGGUCUGGGCCGCGCCGGCGGCGUUCGCCGCGUUCGUCGCCGCGGCCGCGGCGCCCGCGGCCGCGGCGCUCGGCGACGCCGUCGGCGACCCCGCGCGGCGCCGCGACCUCGCGCUCCGCCUCAUGCUCCUCGCGCGCGACGGCGACGGGCCCACGCGGCGCGGCGCGCUCGCGGCCGUGCGGUCGCUCUGCGACGCGCUCCGCGAGGACGCCGCGGACUUCGCGAACCAGCUCGUCCAGGGCGUCGCGGAGUGCCUCGACGACCCGGAGUGCGCGCCGGACGCGCGCGCGCUCGUCCUCCUCGUCGAGUCCCACACGGGCAUCCGGCUCGCUGGCAGCCUGGCGCGUUCCCCGGCGCGCGGCGUCGCGCGGUGCGACUCCGAGUCGCAGUCGCACUCCGGCGCCGCGGCCGCCGGAGGCGGCGGCGGCUGCUGCGGCGCGAGCGGCGGCUGCUGCGGCGCGAGCGGCGGCGGCGGCGCCAUCGCGAGCGGCGGCGGCGCCAUCGCCGCCGGCGGCGCCGACCGAAGCGGCGGCGGCGCGACGGCCCACAUGUCCGCCGGCGGCGCGGCCGGGGCGACCGCCGGCGGCGCCACCGGCGCGACCGGCGGCGGCGCCACGGGCUGCUGCUGCUGGUACUGCCGGGCGGCCAUCUGGUCGAAGAGGUCGAAGGGGUUCGCCGGCGGCUGGAACGCCGGCGGCUCCGGCGCGGGCGCGGGCGACGACCGCGGCGUCUGCGUCGGGCUGAAGGAGAGCAGGUCCGCCUCCGGCGGCGGCGGCGGCGCGGCGGGCGCGGCCCGCUCCGGCGCGGCGUUCCGCUCCCCGACCCUCAGCUCGGGCCCCGAGGGCUGCGCCGCGAGGAUCGACUCCGGCGUCGCGUCGCGCAUGCGGCGGUAGGCGGCGACGGCGGCGUCCGGGUCCCAGUCGUGGCGCUCGAGGAACUUGCGCGCGUCGUUGGCGUCGGACCGCGGCGCCUUGAACGCGAACUCCCGGACGAGGCACGCGAGGUCCUCGCGCGUCGGCGGCUGCGGCGGCCGCGCGGCGGCGUCCUCGGCCAUGCGCCGCGCCGUGUCGCGCGCCUUGGCGUCCUCGCGGUUCGCCUGGGCGUCGCUCACGGCCUGCCGGUCCGGCAUGGACUCGAAGGGCACGGCGUCGACGCUGAGCUCGAAGCUCUCCUCGACGGACUUCGUGGCCGCGACGCGCGCGAGGUGGGCGCCCUCCAUGUGGAAGGCGUGGGCGAAGCCCGGCUUCAUGCUCGACGCCUCGUAGACGACGGCGCCGUCGACGGAGAUGGCGCGCUUGCCCGAGACGACCGACACGCGCAGCUCGACGACGUGCGGCUCGCCGCGCGGGCCGAAGCUGAAGGCCCAGGUGAAGAGCCGCUUGCUCGAUCGCACCUUCCGGCCCACGUCGGCCCGC